AUAUUUGUCUAGAUUACCUGUGGAACAUAAAAGAAUGGAUUCCUUGGACCAUAUGCUGACGGAUCCUCUGGAACUGGGUCCAUGUGGAGAUGGCCAUGGCGCACGUAUUAUGGAGGACUGCCUCCUGGGUGACACCAGGGUUAGUCUGCCAGAGGACCUUCUGGAGGAUCCCGAGAUAUUCUUUGAUGUGGUCAGCCUUUCAACGUGGCAAGAAGUAUUGAGCGACUCUCAACGUGAACACCUCCAGCAGUUUCUGCCUCACUUUCCUGAAGACAGUAUUGAGCAGCAGAGCCAGCUCAUCCUGGCCCUGUUCAGUGGGGAGAACUUCCGCUUUGGAAACCCUCUGCACAUCGCCCAGAAGCUCUUCCGAGAUGGACACUUUAACCCCGAGGUGGUCAAGUAUCGGCAGCUCUGCUUCAAGUCGCAGUACAAGCGAUACCUCAACUCCCAGCAGCAGUAUUUCCAUCGGCUGCUGAAGCAGAUCCUGGCUUCCCGGAGUGACCUACUGGAAAUGGCCCGUCGGAGUGGCCCAGCCCUUUCCCUCCGGCACAAGCGCCCUUCGCCAUCCCGCACCCCUGAGGAGCGGGAGUGGCGGACCCAGCAGCGCUACUUGAAGGUCUUGAGGGAAGUGAAGGAGGAGUGUGGGGACACAGCCCUGUCGUCUGAUGAAGAGGCCACGUUGGAUUUACAAGAAACAUUUUCUUUUGAAGAUCUCAGCUCAUGGCUUCCGAGCUCCCCAGCGCGUUCUCCUAGCCCUGCGGUGCCCCUGAGGGUGGUGCCCACGCUUUCAACCACGGACAUGAAAACUGCAGAUAAAAUAGAGCUGGGGGACAGUGACCUGAAGAUAAUGCUAAAGAAGCACCAUGAGAAGCGGAAACAUCAACCAGAUCACCCGGACCUUUUGACCGGGGACCUCACUCUCAAUGACAUCAUGACUCGUGUGAACGCUGGCAGGAAAGGUUCUCUAGCAGCCUUGUAUGACUUGGCUGUCCUUAAAAGAAAGGCGAAGGAAAAAGAGGAGAGAAAGAAGAAGAAAAUAAAAAUGAUCAAAUCAGAGGCGGAGGAUUUGGCUGAGCCCUUAAGCAGUACUGAGGGGAUCCCACCUCUCUCGCAGGCUCCAUCGCCAUUGGCAGUGCCUGCUAUCAAGGAGGAGCCUCUUGAAGACCUCAAGCCUUGCCUUGGAAUCAAUGAGAUAUCUUCCAGCUUCUUCUCUCUUCUACUGGAGAUCUUGCUCCUGCACGGGCAGUCUAGCCUUCCUGUGCUAGAGGAGCGGGUUUUGGACUGGCAGUCAUCUCCGGCCAGCUCCCUCAAUAGCUGGUUCUCUGCAGCCCCCAACUGGGCAGAGUUGGUGUUACCAGCCCUGCAGUAUCUUGCUGGAGAAAGCCGUGCCGUACCUUCCAGUUUCUCUCCAUUUGUUGAAUUCAAAGAGAAAACCCAGCAGUGGAAGUUGCUUGGCCAGUCCCAAGAUAAUGAAAAGGAAUUAGUUGCACUCUUCCAGCUGUGGCUAGAAACCAAAGACCAGGCCUUCUGUAAGCAAGAAAAUGAAGACAGCUCAGAUGCCACAACACCAGUUCCUCGGGUAAGAACUGACUACGUGGUGCGGCCCAGUACAGGGGAGGAGAAACGAGUGUUUCAGGAGCAGGAGCGUUACAGAUACAGCCAACCCCAUAAGGCGUUCACCUUUCGGAUGCAUGGCUUUGAGUCUGUAGUGGGGCCUGUGAAGGGUGUGUUUGAUAAGGAGACCUCACUGAACAAGGCUCGGGAGCACUCCCUGCUGCGCUCUGACCGGCCUGCCUAUGUGACCAUCCUGUCUCUUGUUCGAGACGCUGCGGCUCGGCUGCCUAACGGAGAGGGCACUCGAGCCGAGAUCUGCGAAUUGCUCAAGGACUCCCAGUUUCUUGCUCCAGAUGUUACCAGCACUCAGGUGAACACAGUGGUGAGUGGUGCACUGGAUCGGCUGCACUAUGAGAAGGACCCAUGUGUGAAAUAUGACAUUGGACGCAAGCUGUGGAUCUACCUGCACCGUGACAGGAGCGAGGAAGAAUUUGAGCGGAUUCACCAGGCACAAGCAGCAGCAGCGAAAGCCAGAAAAGCCCUUCAGCAAAAACCUAAGCCCUCCUCUAAGGUGAAGUCCAAUAGCAAGGAGAGUUCAGUGAAGGUCCUCAGCAGUGGCCCCUCUGAACAGAGCCAGAUGAGCCUCAGUGACUCCAGCAUGCCACCCACCCCAGUCACCCCUGUGACCCCCACCACCCCUCUUAUGCAUGUCCCGAGUUGGCUGUUUUCUUUUUCCCCCAAUUUUCCUCCUAGCGUUCUCCUGGUCUCUUCGCCAACAAUGCCACAGCUAGGAACAAUGCUUUCCCCAGCCUCCAGUCAGACUCCUCCAACUUCUCAGGCUGCUGCCCGUGUUGUGAGCCACUCCGGCUCGGCGGGACUCCCCCAGGUGCGGGUGGUGGCCCAGCCUGGCCUUCCUGCUGUUACCCAGCAGUCAUCGGGGCCAGCACAGACACUGCCGCCGAUACCAGCAGGGCCACAGAUCCGCGUUCCAGCCACUGCUGCACAGACCAAAGUCAUGCCCCAGACAGUAAUGGCCACCGUCCCAGUCAAAGCUCAGACUGCUGCGGCCACUGUGCAGCGGCCAGGUGCUGGGCAGACAGGACUCACAGUGACAAGCCUCCCUGCCACAGCCAGCCCUGCGAGCAAGCCAGCCACAAGUUCCCCCGGGAGUUCUGCUCCGAGUGCUUCCACAGCUGCUGUGAUUCAGAAUGUUAGCGGGCAGAACAUUAUCAAGCAGGUCGCCAUCACUGGGCAGCUUGGUGUGAAGCCCCAGACCGGCAACAGCAUUCCACUCACAGCCACUAACUUCCGUAUCCAGGGUAAGGAUGUGUUGCGUCUGCCACCCUCUUCCAUCACCACAGAUGCCAAAGGCCAGACUGUUCUGCGGAUCACUCCGGACAUGAUGGCCACGUUGGCCAAGUCCCAGGUUACCACAGUCAAACUGACCCAGGACCUCUUCGGGACAGGAAGUGGCACUGCUGGCAAAGGCAUCUCGGCUACCUUACAUGUCACUUCCAACCCAGUCCAUGCUGCCGACAGCCCUGCGAAGGCCAGCGCAGCCAGUGCCCCUUCAUCCGCUCCAGCAGGUACCACCGUGGUCAAAGUGACUCCGGACCUCAAGCCAGCAGAGGCCUCAAGCUCAGCUUUUCGCUUGAUGCCGGCACUUGGCGUAAGCAUGGCAGACCAGAAGGGGAAGAGCACAGUGGCCUCUUCAGAAGCAAAGCCAGCUGCCACCAUCCGCAUUGUGCAGGGCCUGGGAGUGAUGCCUCCCAAAGCAGGCCAGACCAUCACAGUCGCAGCCCAUGCCAAGCAAGGGUCCUCGGUGGCCAGCAGCUCUGGAACUGUUCACACUUCAGCAGUGUCCUUGCCCAGCAUGAAUGCCGCUGUGUCCAAGACUGUGGCCGUGGCUUCUGGGGCUGCAAGCACCCCCAUCAGCAUUGGCACAGGCGCGCCCACGGUGCGGCAGGUCCCUGUCAGCACCACGGUGGUGUCCACGUCCCAGGCAGGGAAGCUGCCUACGCGGAUCACAGUUCCACUCUCUGUGAUUAGCCAGCCUAUGAAGGGCAAGAGUGUGGUCACAGCCCCAAUCAUCAAAGGCAACCUUGGAGCCAACCUCAGUGGGCUGGGCCGCAACAUCAUCCUCACCACCAUGCCAGCGGGCACCAAGCUCAUUGCUGGCAAUAAGCCUGUGAGUUUCCUCACUGCCCAGCAGCUGCAGCAGCUCCAGCAACAGGGUCAGGCCACACAGGUGCGCAUCCAGACUGUCCCGGCGUCCCAUCUUCAACAGGGAACAGCCUCUAAUUCCUCUAAAGCAGUCUCCACUGUGGUUGUGACCACAGCUCCAUCUCCUAAGCAGGCACCUGAACAGCAGUGAUUUGGAGAGAAAUGGCUUUCAAAAAUUCCAUACCUGCUCCGCCUUCCAGCCGACAGGAAGGAAACAGGAGGUCUCGUCCUCCCUCUAAGCUCAUCUGUCUAAGGAAGGGUAGUGGUGGGAUGGUGGCAGCAGUGGCUGCGGCUGCGAUUCCGCCCCCACACCCCACAGGGUGAACACUGAGGAAGGUUCACGCCAGGUCUCUUCUGCAAUGAUCCAGAAGAAGCUUCUCUCAAAGUUGUGAGAGGUCACAGUUGUGUCAAACAAGCCAGAGUUCCCUCCUGAGAGCAGGAUGCCGAGGGCGGGCUGACAGUUGCGGAGUGCAGAUGGUGACAGCCUUGUUCUGUGUGAGUCAUACUUUUUAGUUUGUGGUCUUCUCCGUGGCUAGUGGUCUGGAUAGGAGUUUUGUGUCCAGAAAUUUUUAUGUAACUUAUUUUUAUAAAGAGCCUAUUGUACAUCUUUGUCAAAUAGAAACCUGGGCAUUAACGCCCCUGAACUGAUUCAUUCUUUUGACCAGAAUUUGGGAAUAGCAAGAUUCUUAUAAGUUGGUGGCUGACUUGAUAACUGCAUAGUAAUGGAGAGGCUCUGAGACGGGAAAGAAACAGGAAGUGAGAUUGCGUGGGUUCUCUGAAGCGGGAUUGGUUUGGUACUACCUCUUACAGGCGGGGUGUCGGGGUCCUGGCUGUGGUCUGUUUCUUCACCUGCUGACUGUCCUCCAGCCUGUUCACACACAAGCCGAGCCGGUGGGCAUAGCAGGUGAAUGCCGGCAGAGAUGCUGCUUCUGCUGCACAAACCGUUUCAGUUCAGAGAUUGCACAUUCUCACUGCAGAACAAGAGUCAGCAAACCACGGCCCUUGGGCUGGCCACCUGUUUUUGUAAAUAAAGUUUUAUUGGAACAAAGCCUGUGCCGGUUUAUGUAUUUAUCUGUAGCUGUUUUCAGUUCAGAGACAGCUGAAUAGAUGCCAUUUGGCCCUCAAGUCUAAAAUAUUUUUUAUGUGGUUCUUAAAACUUGCUGGCUUUUAUUCCAAAGUAGAGAUGGCAAGAAGAGAGUGGGUCUCCCUACUACACAGCACUGACCACAGAAAAGGUCAGUGUGGAUUGAUUACAAUUGAUCCUGGCUGUUUCAUACUUCUCAGUCUCUAUCGAGCCACAGGCAGAGGGCUUAGGUGAUAAUUUGAAAUGUAUUAAAGGACUGGUGGUUAGGAAUAUAUGCCUGUCUCGUGUUGGAACAGGGCUGGUGGUAAAGCUUUUCUGCAGUAACAGCUUCCCUAACUCUUGAAAGUAUCCAGCUGGUUAAAGGAAGUCUAGUGACGAUACUUUAUGGGCUCUCAGGGAGGAAGCAGAGUCGGAGGCAAAGGAUUGGAAUGGCCUGCUUUAGAGGGGCUUGCUGGGGGGAAGCUGAGGGGUCAGGCAUGUUGCGGAUACCUUUAGAUGGUAUGUUGGUGACACAGUGGUUUCCCAGAUGUCUCACUUGAUUCCUAAAGCAGUUCUAUAAAAGAGUGGUCAUCCCUGUUUUAACUGGGAAAAUGCGAGUUUGAGUCGGAGUUAAAGGGAACCAAGAUGUAAAUCCAGUCUUCUAAGUCAUGUGUCCUUUCUGCUGCCUCCCUAAGAAGAGAAUGGCUGUGAUGUGUGGUCGUGAGACUUGGGGACCAUCCAGAGUUGGGGGUGGUAAGCCUGGAUCACAAAGGUGAAUUGGUCGAGGUAGGAUCGAGCCUUUGAGGGGUAGUAGAGCUGGCACAGAAGUAAGAUUGGUAAUGGUGAGAGGUAGAGACCACAGUGAGGAAACAAAUUGUCUUUUACCGGAGUAAAGGCAAAUGUACCUGUUUUGUUUUACUUUAAUAUUUGCAUGUCAUUGCUCCCUAGAGUCACGUUUCUCAUGAAUAGUUCACGUGACAGGUUCUAAAUGAGAAAAAGGUAGAAAUUUGAGGAAUCCCAGUCUCAGAUAUUUACUGCUGGUUAAAAUAAACUUUUUUUGAAUUAAAAAAUUA